AUGGAGUUUUACGAAAGAACAGAACCAGUCCUUCCGAGGCCCAAGCCCAUGAAAGUCCUCUUUCUUUCAUUCCCCCGAACAGGAACGACUUCUACAUGUGCCGCCCUCAAGAUCCUCGGCUUCCGUUCCUACCACUUCGCUGAAGUACUAUCAAAUGAUGCCAAUGAUCAUGUUCAACUAUGGAUGAAGGCCCUUCGAGCCAAGUACGAAGGUGUCGGAAAACCGGUCUCGCGGGAAGACUUUGAUGAGAUCCUUUGGAACUACGACUCCGUUUCCGACGAGCCUUGCUGUCUUUUCGUCGAAGAAUUAAUCGCAGCUUACCCAGAAGCAAAGAUCGUCUUAACCAUACGUGAUCGAGAUCAAUGGUUGAUAUCAAUGCGCAAGUCAAUUCUUACCAUCUUAUCCUGGCGAUCCUGGACCUUGCUUGGGUACCUGGACGGCUUCUCACUACGAUACUGGACUUUGUUAAAUUACACCACUUCCGUCAUAUCCAAAGGAACUCCGGCAUAUAAGCCCGAGGCUGACCCAGCUCUUCUUGAAUCCUUUGAUGAACAUAUCGAAAAGGUUCGAAGGCUUACACCCGAUGAUCGGCUACUAGAGUGGCAUGCGAGUCAUGGCUGGAAGCCGUUGUGUGCAUUCUUGGAUGUGGAAGUGCCGGAUGUUGACUUUCCUCAUCUCAAUGAGCCAAAGUCGUUGGUGGAACUUCGUCGCGAUAUGUAUCGCUCGAGAGUGACUGUGAUUGGGACCAAGGUAGCUGCUGCGGUAGCAUUGUUGCUGUUUGGUCUGCGUUACACGGGACAUGUGUCAACUAAUGGGUUCUGGCUUUGA